AUGUCUGACAGAUAUACAAAUCCUUUCGAAGAAGAGCCGAAUGAUGAGAUGCCCCCUUCGGAGAAUCCAUUUGAGCUGGGAACUUCAAAUGGCUCAUCAAAUAUGAAUAAUGGCAAUACAAAUCACAGAUCAGGCCAUACUACUGCUUCUAUUAUGAAAGAUUCAAUAAAUGGUGAGUUCGAAGAGUUCGAACCCAUAUCACAAGAUGAUGCCCACUCAUUCCAAGCCACCCCAAAUUUGAAUCAUGAAGGAGCGACCUUUGAUGAUGUGAUAUUAGAUAAUGACGAUGAUAAUGAUGAUGAAUAUCAGACUACAAAAAGAUUUCGAAUGGGUACGAAAAGGACAAAGAAAGGAGGAAAGCCCCUUGUUGGGAGAGCAAAAACCCUGAAAUGGGCUAAAAAGAAUUUCCUUGAUCCAUUUGAAGAAUUUGCAAAUAUCAAUCAUGAUGAUGAUACUUUUGAUGAGUCUGGUAUGAGAAAUCGGUCUGAUGAGCUGAGAUCGAUUUAUUAUAAUAUGCCUCUUCCUGACGAUAUGAUAGAUGCGGAGGGAAAACCCAUUGUAGAAUAUGCUCGUAAUAAAAUAAGGACAACAAGGUACACACCGCUUACUUUCCUUCCAAAAAAUAUAUUAUUCCAAUUCCAAAAUUUUGCUAAUAUCUAUUUUUUAGUGCUAAUUAUUUUAGGAGCCUUUCAAAUCUUUGGUGUGACAAAUCCGGGUUUAAGUGCUGUGCCUUUAAUUGUUAUCGUUAUUAUCACUGCAAUUAAGGAUGGUAUUGAAGAUUCAAGACGUACAGUACUAGAUUUACAAGUCAACAAUACGAAAACUCACCUACUGAAAGGUGUAGAGAAUGCCAAUGUGUCAGCUGAUAAUGUUUCAUUAUGGAGAAAAUUUAAAAAGUUGAAUUCUAGAAUGCUGUUCAGAUUCAUUCGUUAUUGUAGGGACCACUUUACUGAAGAAGGUAAGCGUAAAAGGGCAAUGAGAAAGCGUAAUCAGUUACGUGCUGCUGCUAUGUCUCAAAAUAAUAAGCAUCCCAGGACAUCUCUUGACUCCAUUGAGAGUUACAGAGUCUCCGCUGAAUUUGGUAGACCAUCCUUAGAUUACAAUUAUGUUGCCACGGGGAAUUCUAAUCAAAAAGAUGUUAGCAUUAUGGACCGUAAUUUGCCUCCAAGGACGGAUUGCAAGUUUGAUAAAGAAUUCUGGAAAAACGUUACCGUCGGUGACAUUGUGCGUAUACAUAAUAAUGAAGAAAUACCCGCUGAUCUCAUCUUGCUCUCAACAUCAGAUGUCGAUGGUGCUUGUUACGUGGAGACUAAGAACUUGGACGGGGAAACAAACCUGAAAGUUCGUCAAUCUCUAAAAUGUAGUUUAGACAUCAGAUCUUCCAGAGAUGUAGCAAGAUCGAGGUUCUGGGUAGAAAGUGAGGGCCCACAUGCAAAUUUAUAUUCAUACCAAGGGAACUUAAAAUGGAUAGAUUCAGUUGAUGGUGAUCUCAAAAAUGAACCAAUCACAAUCAAUAAUGUUUUGUUACGUGGCUGUACCUUGAGAAAUACCAAGUGGGCGAUGGGAUUAGUUGUUUUUACUGGUGACGAAACUAAAAUCAUGCUAAAUGCUGGAGCUACACCGACUAAAAAGUCAAAAAUAUCUAGAGAAUUGAACUUUUCGGUCAUUUUAAAUUUCGCAGUCCUUUUUGUUCUUUGUUUCAUAUCUGGUCUGGUUAAUGGUAUCUACUACGAUAAACAACCUGCUUCACGAGAUUACUUUGAGUUUGGUACUGUCGCUGGAAAUGCUGCCACCAAUGGUUUUGUUUCGUUUUGGGUAGCUGUAAUUCUUUACCAAUCGUUAGUUCCUAUCUCACUUUAUAUCUCUGUUGAAAUUAUCAAAACAGCACAAGCAGCUUUUAUAUAUGGUGAUGUUUUACUUUAUGAUGCUAGAUUAGACUAUCCUUGUACCCCAAAGUCGUGGAACAUCUCAGACGAUCUCGGUCAGAUUGAAUACAUUUUCUCAGAUAAAACAGGAACCUUGACUCAAAAUAUCAUGGAAUUCAAAAAAUGUACCAUAAAUGGCGUCUCUUAUGGACGUGCAUACACAGAGGCCUUGGCAGGCCUACGAAAGAGACAAGGUAUAGAUGUCGAGAGCGAAGGCCGCUAUGAACGAGAGGAGAUAAGUAAAGACAGAGAUACGAUGAUUAACAGUCUUUCUAAGACUUCUGAAAACUCACAGUUCUAUCCAGAUGACAUAACAUUUGUUUCUAAAGAGUUCGUGCAAGACCUAAAUGGGGCAAAUGGUGAAAUGCAACUAAAAAGCUGUGCUCAUUUUAUGUUGGCUCUAGCGUUGUGUCACACUGUAUUAGCAGAGAAAAACAAAAUUGACCCUAACAAAUUGGACUUGAAGGCACAAUCACCAGAUGAAGCUGCUCUGGUAACGACUGCUAGGGAUAUGGGUUUCAGCUAUAUAGGGAAAACUAAAACCGGUUUAAUUGUUGAAAUACAGGGUGUUCAAAAGGAGUUCCAAAUUCUAAAUAUUCUAGAAUUCAAUUCAUCCAGAAAGAGAAUGAGCUGUAUAGUUAAGGUACCUGGUGCUACUGAAAAAGAAGAUCCUACUGCUCUUUUAAUCUGCAAAGGAGCUGAUUCUGUAAUCUAUUCUCGUCUAAGCGAUAAGAAAGAAGCUAAUGAUGAAACUCUACUCGAAAAGACGGCCAUACAUUUGGAACAAUACGCUACUGAAGGCUUAAGAACCCUGUGCGUUGCUCAAAGAGAAAUUCCUUGGUCGAUCUACCAAUCAUGGAAUGAAAAGUACAAUGUUGCAGCUGCCGCCUUAUCAAACAGAGAUGAGCAGCUAGAGACAGUUGCUGACGAGAUUGAGAGAGAAUUGACCUUGCUUGGUGGUACGGCUAUUGAGGAUAGGCUACAAGAUGGUGUCCCAGAUGCAAUCUCGUUAUUAGGAGAGGCUGGUAUCAAGCUAUGGGUCUUGACCGGUGACAAAGUUGAAACAGCCAUAAAUAUUGGAUUUUCAUGUAACUUAUUAAACAAUGAAAUGGAAUUGCUGGUAAUAAAAUCAUCAGGAGAUGAUAUCUCCGAGUUUGGUACGGAACCAGCUGAAAUUGUCGAAAAUUUACUUGAUAAAUAUUUGAGGGAGAGAUUUGGACUCGCUGGAACUGAGCUUGAACUAGAUCAGGCCAAAAAAGAUCAUGAACAACCUAAAGGGAAUUUUGCAGUUAUAAUUGACGGCGAGGCUUUGAAGAUGUGUCUCAGUGGGGAAGUCCUAAGGCGCAAAUUCCUCUUACUUUGUAAGAAUUGUAGGGCUGUUUUAUGUUGCAGAGUUUCUCCUUCCCAAAAAGCUGCUGUGGUUAAGCUAGUUAAAAAUUCCCUCGAUGUCAUGACUUUAGCAAUAGGUGAUGGUUCAAAUGACGUAGCAAUGAUUCAGUCUGCUGAUGUCGGCGUAGGAAUUGCAGGAGAAGAGGGAAGACAGGCUGUCAUGUGUUCGGAUUACGCUAUCGGUCAGUUCAGAUAUUUGGCAAGACUUAUUUUAGUACAUGGAAGAUGGUCAUACAAAAGAUUAUCUGAAAUGAUUCCACAGUUUUUUUAUAAAAACGUUAUUUUCACGUUGACUUUGUUUUGGUAUGGUAUCUAUAACAAUUACGAUGGUUCCUACUUGUUUGAAUACACCUUUUUGAUGUUUUAUAACCUUGCCUUCACUUCACUUCCUGUCAUUUUCAUGGGUAUUUUUGAUCAGGAUGUUAGUGACACCAUAUCUAUGGUAGUUCCGCAAUUAUAUCGGUCAGGUAUUCUUGGUCUAGAAUGGAACCAAACAAAAUUUUUGUGGUAUAUGUUAGAUGGAUUAUACCAAUCCUGCAUAGCAUUUUUCUUUCCAUUUUGUGUUUACAAAGAGACAAUGGUUGUUACAAGUAACGGCUUAGGGUUGGACCACCGAUUUUACGUAGGGCUUAUGGUAACAAGCAUUGCAGUUGUUACAUGUAAUGUUUAUGUUUUACUCCAUCUUUACAGAUGGGAUUGGUUCACUUCAUUGUUUAUUGCUCUAUCAUGUUUAGUAUUGUUUUUCUGGGGUGGAGUGUGGUCUAGCUCUUUUACCAGUAAGGAAUUUUGGAGAGCAGCUGCUCGUAUUUAUGGCUCACACGCAUUCUGGGGUGUCUUUUUUGUUGGUAUGCUAUUUUGCCUGCUACCAAGAUUUACUUUUGAUUCCUUCCAGAAGUUCUUCUUCCCAACAGAUUCUGAAAUUGUGAGAGAAAUGUGGCAACGUGGUGAUUUUGACCGCUAUCCACAGGGCUAUGACCCAACAGACCCAAACAGACCAAAAAUACCUAAACAUGCGAAAUAUGAAGAUAGUAAUGCAGGUGUUAGGUUAAGUAGGACAUUUGGAAAAUCUAAUCGUUCCCACGAGACUAUUGUCACGGAAGAAAUACCGAUGACGUUCAUGAACGACGACCAAGGUUCACCAGUAGCUUUGAAGAGAGUUCAAGAAGAGAGCGAUACAAACUGGAAGGCAUCUCCUAAGGAAACACAAGACUUACUGUUUUCUCCGCGCUUACAUGAAGGUGCAACCUUUGAUGAGGGUACGCCUAACAGAACAUCUCUAGAUAGGACGAGAAAUGUCAUGCUAGCCUCAAAUGAGCUUGAUAAUCGUUAUUCAGUAGAAAGAGCUAGAGUUUCUCUAGAUCUCCCAGGAAUAACGCAUGCAGAAUCGUUAAUAGAGGGAAGGAAGAGCUUCCACGGUAAUAGACACACAUAA